CUCCUCCUCCGGACUUGGACGCAGGUAGUCCAGAAUAGGUGAAAAGAAUCACUGAAGUAUCAGAGGUGGCUUAUCACAGACUAGUUUGGUGUUUCAGCACUGGACAGCUCAUGCAUGUAGCGGGUGGGAACAUGUAGGUUCCUUCCAGCAUCUCAAGCCGCAAGUGCUGCCAAAGUGGAGCCUCGAAUGAUGACCAUCCCGGAGUUCCUCCUGGAAGUGUCCAUAGUGGUGGUGGCUGUUGUUUCCUUGGUGACCAACUUGUCAGUGCUGCUAUGUUUCACACAGAGCUCCGAGUUGAGGUCCCACGUGCCAGGAAUCUUCGUCCUGAACCUGUCUUUCUCCAACAUCCUCCUGGCUUUCAUCAACAUGCCCGCCACCUUUUUCGGGGUGGCUAAGAGCACGGAGCCCUUUGGGAACUCGUUCUGCCAAAUGGUCAGUUUUGCAGAGACGUUCCUCACCACCAACAGCAUGCUGAGCAUGGCAGCCCUCAGCCUGGACAGGUGGAUAGCAGUGGUGUUUCCUCUCAGCUACUCCAGCAAGAUGCGCUACCGGGAUGCUUUGCUGAUGGUGGUCUACUCCUGGUUGCAGUCCCUCACCUUUGCUCUGACGCAGCUCCUGAUGGACUGGGGCGGUUACAGCCACACAUACGCCUCAUGCACCGUUCAUCUAGCCGACAAGGGAAGGUCACAGCUGGCUGCCUAUGCCACCUUCACCGUGCUGUUCCACUGCAGCACUUUUGCUUUCUGCCUGGCCAUCCUGUGCUUCUCCUACCUCAAAGUUUUGAGAGUGGCCAAGUCCCACUGCAAGAGGAUAGAUGUCAUCACAGUGCAGACUCUACUCCUUCUGGUUGACAUUCACCCCAGUGUGAAGGAGAGGUGUUUGGCACAACAGAAGAAGAGGAGGCAGCGCGCCACAAAAAAAAUUUGCAUCUUCAUCGGCUCCUUCAUCUUCUGCUUUUCACCUUAUGUUAUAACAAGGUUAGUGGAGUUGUUGCCCUCUGUGCACAUCUCACAGUACUGGGGUAUCACCACCAAAUGUCUGUGCUAUGCUAAGGCUUCUAGCGAUCCGUUUGUCUACUGUCUUCUGCGGCAUCAGUACAGGAAGGUACUGGUGCGUGUCAUCGGCCGUUUCAUGAGAAAGGAUCAUUACUUGCUGUCUGCCAGCACUUGGAGCAGCACCUUCGACACCACAGAAGACAACUGCACCAGAAUGACCUGAAGUCACUGUGCAGCUAUUUGCGAUGAGAUUGCACCCCUUCUGCUCAAUGGUCAGAUGGAAGGGAAUCCGUGCCUUGCUCAAGGACACUGACACUGAGGGCUCGGUCACGUGACUAUCGAAGACACAAUGUGGCCAAUUUAUUUGUCAAGGACACACAACAGUGUAAGCUGAACGCAGCUUCUCCAUGUUGUGGUGUGUGCCAAAGGUCCUUUCGUUAUCUUCUAACUGUCGUUUUCCAGAGGGCUGAUCAGUUUGCUUCUAAAGGCAUUGCCAAGGAUUACUUCACAUCAACAAUGUACGCCACAUGUGUUUAUUUUCAUUCUAUGUGCUACCGUACUGUACAUUUCAAGUAACAUCGACUUUGUGACGAAGUGUUAUUCAUGUGCAAAAAAAGCGUGUUACUGAUAAGUGACAUGUCACGAGUCUGGCAUCGUGUGAUUGUACCAUACAUGCGACAACGAAAUAAA